AUGGUCUCGACCGCGUCGCCGUCGCAGCACCUGCGGCUGGCGCUGCAGCACGGCGCGGACGUGAGCAUGAGCGUGCGCGAGCUGGACGCGCUGCUUGCGCUGCUGGCGGAGAAGCGGCGCAAGGCGGAACAGGAGGAGGCGGAGAUGAACAUGGAUAUUCUGUUGGACUUCUUACAGCGAUCGCGGCAGAAGAAGCAAGCGGAAUUGGACGAGGUUGGCGCGCACAGCAGCACAUGCGUGCAGUCCGCUCAUCCUCCUUCCCCCUUGUCUCUCCCGCCGUCCGCGGUUCCCUCCCCAUUCCAGCUCCGCGCGGACCUUCUGUUUAUCCGCGAGGACAUAGCGGCGGUGGAGCAGCGCAGGUCCGCGCAGAACAUGCGCGAGCAGUCCGCCCAUCCCCCUUCCUUUCUGCUUUUUCUCCCCCCGUUCUCCCCCUCAGCUCCGCGCGGACCUUCUGUUUAUCCGCGAGGACAUAGCGGCGGUGGAGCAGCGCAGCUCCGCGCGGACCUUCUGUUUAUCCGCGAGGACAUAGCGGCGGUGGAGCAGCGCCGGCGCGCGCUGCAGCAGAUGCGCGAGCAGUCCGCCGCCGCCAUCCACGCGCUGCUCUUCCGCGGAGGCGCGUCUUCCGCGGGCGCGGGGGGAGGCGAAACUGGGUUCGGCUCCGGAGGACUGGCGGGGCUGAAGGCGGGCGCGGGGGGAGGGCUAGCGGGGAGCAAGCGGAGAGGGGGGCCCGCGCUCGCGCACCAUCUGCAGCAAUCCUCGCAGAAGUCGCUGAGAUCGGGAGGCCAUCCAACGGUGGAGAGUGGCCGUCGCAGAUCUGCUGCUCGCUCCUCUUCUCUUGCGCAUUUUCUCGUUCGACGACCUGCAGGAGUGCUUCCUGCGCCACCGCCGCCAGGCAUCACUCAGCCACCUCCGUCUCAUUCCCACAGCCCCGUAUCUCACCUGCUCUCUUCCCUCCCCACCCCCUACUCCUCUAACCCUCGCCCCCAGUUCGACGACCUGCAGGAGUGCUACCUGCACCACCGCCGCCAGGCAGCGCACUCUGGUCCCUCUCCUCAAGCGCACGCUCACUCACACCCUCCUUCCCUCCCGCCCCCACUCCCUCUUUCUCAGUUCGACGACCUGCAGGAGUGCUACUUGCACCACCGCCGCCAGGCAGCGCACUCCGCCAAGCCCGCGGGAGGAGCAUCAGCAGCAGCUGAGGCGGGUAGGCGCGGCAACGGCUUAGCAGCAGCAGCAGCGGAGGGGGGGGCGGUUGGGCAGGUGGAUCUGGGGAUGGGGCUGGAGGAUUUCCGGCAGGUGCUGGCGGCGUUCACGCGGUUCAGCCGUGUGAAGGUGGUGGCGGAGCUGAGGCAGGGCGACCUGUUUCAUUCGUCGAAUAUCGUUUCGAGUAUUGAAUUCGACCGGGAUGACGAGUUCUUUGCGACCGCAGGCGUGUCGAGGCGAAUCAAAGUGUUCAACUUCUCGCAGGUGGUGGGCGAGCUAGCAGACGUGCACUGCCCGGUGGUGGAAAUGCCCACUCGAUCCAAGCUCAGCUGCCUCUCCUGGAACCCCUACCUCAAGGCGCACAUCGCGAGCAGCGACUACGAGGGCAUCGUGACUGUGUGGGACGUGGGCACGGGGCAGAGCUUGCUGGAAUACGAGGAGCACGAGAAACGCGCCUGGUCGGUGGACUUUGCACGCACGGAACCGACCAGAUUGGUGUCUGGGAGCGACGAUGGGAAGGUGAAGAUCUGGUGCACGCGCCAAGAGAGCAGUGUGCUCAAUAUAGACAUGAAGGCCAACAUCUGCUGCGUCAAGUUCAACCCCGGCUCGGCCAACUUCAUUGCGGUCGGAUCAGCAGACCAUCAUAUUCACUACUACGACAUCAGAGCACCAGCCCUCCCCCUCCACGUGUUCAGCGGGCAUCGCAAGGCUGUGAGCUACGUGAAGUUCCUCUCGCCCUCGCAGCUCGCCUCUGCCUCCACCGACAGCACGCUCCGGCUCUGGGACGUGCACUCGCACGCUGCGAUCCGCACGCUGAGGGGCCACACCAAUGAGAAGAACUUUGUGGGCCUGUCGGUCAACAGUGACUAUAUCGCAUGCGGCUCCGAAACGAAUGAAGUGUACAUCUACUAUAAGGCCAUGUCUAAGCCCAUGGCAGUACACCGAUUCACCAACUCUGACCCUUUUAACGGGGAAGACAGUGACGAGGAUACAGCACACUUCAUCUCUGCUGUGUGCUGGAAGGGUGGAGGGGGAGAGGCAGGUGGAGCAGGGGCAGGUGGGGAAGGGGGCGGCGGGCAGCAGCAAGAGGCAACGAUGCUAGCAGCUAACAGUCAAGGGACCAUCAAGGUGCUCUCCCUGGUGCCUUAG